AAAAAAGUAAAAAACUAGAUAGAACCGCCGGAGUCGCACGUAAGCACAGUUACAUCCCGAACAUUUAACCCGCCAGAAAAAGCAAGAUAGAACGUCGGAGUCGCCACGUAAGCACAGCAAAACUAUCGAAUAUCCGGAAUAUUAUUUGACCACCGGAAACAGAACUCCCGGCGCAUGUUAUAUCAUCAACCGUUUUCUCAGCUUUUUCUGCAGCUUCAGCAAGCGGCGGAGCCAGAAAACAAGUUAACGGGGGCAAGAAUGAUAAUUUAUUUCCAGGAGGCAGUUACAUAGCCUGAUUGUAUCUUUGGCUUUAAGCAAAUCAAGGGAAAAGUGUCAAUCCAUUUAGUGCCAUUUUAUUUUAUUUUUUUCCAAUCUCGGGGUGGGGAGACUAGGCUUUGUGUGGCUCCAGCUGAAAACUGAAAACCAUUUUCUGUUUCGGUUCCAAGAAAGCCAGGUGCCUUAAUAGUGCAGUAGUUUGGGACCUGUGGGAUUGCUUUGCCCUUUCAACAGUAAAUUAUCGGUGUUGUCCAAGAUAGACAGUGUUGAAGUGCAUUAUGAUAUUGUGCCCAUAGAGGUAUCUUGGCUUUUUCUCGAGCAUGGCCCUUGCUGGUUCUAUGCACUUGUCCCAUGAAUUGGGAAUUCAGAAUUGGCAUGGGUGCAGUAACCAGCCUAAGAUUAUGAUGGCAAAAUGCCAAUUGCAUCUGCUCAGAAUCACUUCCUCAUCUCAUGCUUUGAGACAGGAUGCUCGGAGUCUUCAUCUUUCAAAUAGUAUGGGUGGGUCAAUAACUCCUGUAUCUUCUAGAUGUAAUGUUUUCCUGUGCCGAUCGUUUCUAGGUGGAGGAAAUGAGAUUUCGGUUUUAAAAUCUGCUGCCUUGGUUUUGACAAGGUCAUGUAAUGCUUUACAAGGAAGCCCUCUUCUACUUCAAUUGGUUCCAGCAGUUAGCAUUGUUGCUUUUGCUACAUGGGGUCUGGGGCCGCUAAUGCGUCUUAGCAGGAACCUUUUCCUCAAUAAGACUGAUAAUAGUAGUUGGAAAAAGAGUAGCACAUAUUAUGUUAUGACCUAUUACCUUCGACCUUUGCUGUUAUGGAUUGGAGCAAUGCUUAUUUGCCGAGCAUUGGAUCCAAUAAUUCUACCUUCAAAAGAGAGCCAGGCUGUUAAGCAACGACUUCUAAUUUUUAUACGAUCAUUAUCAACGGUGCUAGCCUCUGCCUGUUGUUUAUCAAGCUUGAUUCAAGAAGUACAAAAAUUCUUCAUGGAAAGCAAUGACUCCAGUGAUGCUAGAAAUAUUGGCUUCCAGUCUGCCGGGAAAGCUGUUUAUACUGCAAUAUGGGUUGCUGCUGUUUCAUUGUUCAUGGAGUUGCUGGGUUUUCCCACCCAGAAAUGGCUAACUGCUGGGGGUCUUGGCACAGUAUUGCUUACUCUUGCUGGUCGUGAGAUAUUCACAAAUUUCCUUUCAAGUGUAAUGAUCCAUGCAACACGACCAUUUGCUGUGAAUGAACGGAUUCAAACAAAGAUUAAAGAUUCUGAAGUUUCUGGUACAGUUGAGCGUGUGGGUUGGUGGUCACCAACAAUCAUAAGAGGUGAUGAUCGUGAAGCAGUUCAUGUUCCAAACAACAAAUUCACAGUGAAUGUUGUGAGGAAUCUCAGCCAGAGAACUCAUUGGCGCAUCAAGACACAACUUGCCAUCAGCCACUUGGAUGUCGAUAAGAUUAAUAAUGUUGUAGCUGAUAUGCGCAAGGUUUUAUCCAAAAAUCCUCAAAUAGAGCAGCAAAGGUUGCAUAGAAGAGUGUUUCUGGACUAUAUCGAUCCAGAGAACCAGGCCCUUUUGAUCUUGGUAUCUUGCUUUGUGAAAACCUCACGUAUUGAAGAGUACCUGUGUGUCAAGGAAGCAAUACUCUUGGAUCUCCUCAGAGUUGUCAGCCAUCAUCAAGCUCGCCUUGCAACACCCAUUCGUACGGUUCAGAAAGAAUACAGUGUGGCUGACAUGGAAAUGGAAAAUAUUCCAUUUGCUGACCCCGUAUUCACCUGCUCCCAAGCAGCUGCUAACCGUCCACUCCUGCAGAUUGAGCCCUCUUAUAAAAUGAAUGGUGAUGAUAAAAUCAAGGCUUCCACAGGUUCAGCACGUCGGAACAAAGAAAAGGAUGCAAAAAUUGAAGCAAGGCCUAAAUCUGAUUUGAAGCCAGGUUCCAAGGCUGGGGCAUCGUCAAUUCUAGAAAAGGAUGCCAAGAUUAAAGCAAACAGAAAAUCUGAUUCGAAGCCAGGUUCCAAGGCUGGAGCGUCAUCAAAUAGUGACUCCACAACAGCUGACAACAUUGCAGCAACAUCAAUCACCAACUCCAAACUACAAGGUUUCAGAAACAUCAAUAUCUGACAAAAUUGAAAAUAUGGUGACUGAUGGUUCAACCCCAAAUAACCAUGAAAAACAGCGGUCUGAGGUAGGCAUGGAAAAGGUGAGGGAGGAGACAGUGGGACUGAUUCCUGAGGACCAAAACCAAGGUGGAUCAGCUUUUGAGAAUCCCUCUCUGAACUUCCCAGAAUCUGGCACUAGAAAAGCAGAUAUUCUUCCUUCUGCAACUUCACUGGCAAAGCAAGAUGGAGAUAAGAGUAUCAAUAGCCAUCCCUGCCUUAGACAACAUUAUUCUUGGUGUAGCUCUUGAAGGCUCAAUUGAGGAAGAAGAAAGGGUUGUGUCCUAGCACCGAGAGUCAAAAGAAUUGGCUGCCUGCUGGAAUGGUAAUGAUUCAGCCCCCAGUGGCAAGGAUAAGAAAGAAAAAAGAUAUCAGCAGCUACGGGUGCAAUAUCAAGCUGUCAGCGGGAUGUAGAAAAGUGAUCAUAUGUUCAUUGGUUUGACACCAUUUCAGCUCCUAGCGCAACAUCGAGCUGUCAGCGAGAUGUACAAAGGUGAUAACAUGUUCUUUGGUUUUACACCAUGCAAAACUAGGCAGACUUGGAUAAUCAUUCUUAAUACUUGGGUUGGGUUUGGGUUAAAUUUUUUUUCAAUCCGAACUUUAGUUCAAGUCAGGUUUGGGCAAAGGUUUGAA